AUGGACUCUUUCCUGCUUUGGCUGCUUCGCGCUAACGCUGCACUUUGCCUAGCUGCGUUGGAGCCUCGUGACGAGUCGGGCACGGAUGCUGACACGAAUAGCCUCAAACGUUCCGCGCUGCUGGCCUUCCGUGGGCACAAAGACUCCUGUUGUGUGUCCGCCUUGCAAGGGGAGAGUCAGGACUUUUUCCAGACCGCCUGGGACCGUCAUAUUUCUCACUUGCGUGAGGCCACCCGAGCCUCUGUCCUGGCCUCGAUUGUCGAUAUCGGAGGCAGCGGUAACUCCUCGGCCACACGUCCCAACUCGCGCUCCACCACGUCUCCCGUUGUAGUGGCGCCCCACUCGGUGGCAGACGGAAUCGUCUUUAAUAAUUCCUCCUGCGAGUCCUAUCCCGCCUCCCCUGCCAGAAAUUCGCUCAAAAACCAAAACGAUAGCCUCACGAGAGCCGAGGUGACGUCUCCUCGACUUCCUCUUCGUUUUUCAAUGCCAGCCAAAUACAGUCAAGCUCCAGCAAUUCUGCGAGUAGACUCAACUACUGAAAAGAAAGCUGAGGAGGAGGUGUCAGAUCACAGCGGGUUAAGUAAAACUAGCACGAUCACGAAGGCGUGA